AUGCCAAAAGAAUGGAUAACGAUGACGAGACCCUGCGUUGAAAAAAUGAAAGAACAAUUUCAUGCAGAACUCGAAGCUUCCAUGACGUAUCUAGCCAUGGGUGCACAUUUUCACAAGGAUUCGAUAAAUCGUUUGGGAUUUUCUAAAUAUUUUUUCGAAAGCGCGUCGGAAGAACGAGAACACGCCAUUCGAAUUCUAGAAUAUUUGAGCAUGAGAGGAGAAUUGAAAGAAAACAUCGGCGAACUUUUACGAACGUUCCCGAUGCCGAAAAAGACAUCUUGGUCGAACGCUUUGGAAGCACUGAAAGAUGCUCUCGCUUUGGAAACGGGAGUAACCGAACGGAUAAGAAAGAUGAUAGAGACGUGCGAAAGUUCGCUGAAAGAUGGAGAAAAUAUUAAUUAUAACGACUACCAUCUUGCGGAUUAUUUGUCUUCUGAUUUCUUAGGAGAACAACAUAAAGGUCAAAGAGAAUUAGCCGGACAUAUUUCUCGCCUUUCGAAAAUGUUAAAUCAACAUUCUGUCAUUGGCGAAUAUUUAUACGAUAAAAAUCUACAAUGA